AUGGUAAAGUCAGAUAAGUCUGUGAUUGGUCAGGGGCUUUCAAGCCCUGAUCCCUUGGUCCGAGAGGCCUAUCUGAUGGCAUACGACUAUAUUACCUAUGUGACUGCCAAACAGGGCAUACCACUGGGCCCUGCACCCUCUCCGGCCUCAGCAGCGCUGCGCCACGCUGGUGAUGAGCUUCUCCUCCGCUUCCCCAUCUUCUUCCGCCGCUGGCCACGUGUCUUCCAGGAUGUCACAGAGGAGACGGCGUGUUCUACACUGCUCUCAAUCCUGGAUGAACAUUUUUCCCCGACACGGCGCAGGGACCUGGCCUGGAGUGCUGUGCUCUCUGUGUUUGUCCUGUCUGGACAGAUGGCAUUACACUGUCAGCAGAGGGGCAUGAACAAUGCCCUUCCCCAGCUUCAACAGUCUGUGGGCAACUACGUGGAAAGGGUCAUUUGUCCGGAGAUCAGAGACAAGGGAGGAUGGUCUGGUUUUGUAUCUCGUUUUGGGGAGCAGCAGACUGUAGAAGAUCAGAUAAAGGCAGUGUGCUGCUGGAGUCUUCUAAUACUGACUUUGGGACUUCUUACCUACUUCCUGUGGAAAAGAAGAGUAGCUUAA